AUAAUUCGCCCCUAGACUCGAUCAUUGGAUCAUUGUUAACUGGAGUCUCCGAGAGAGAGAGAGUUGACCAGGACUAGUUUUCGAAGUUAGGAUAAUCUGAUAGAAAGAGUUAGAAUGGAGUCAAGCAUGGGUGCGACGUUACUAACCCUCAUUUUUGUUACCGGUCUUCAAUCUCCAACGUCUGUAGUGUCUGCCAUAAAUGCAAAUGUAUCCCAAGCCGUGGUGUACAUAAAUUACGGAGACGACGCUGAGAUACUAUGUUUCGCACCAGAAGAGGCUGUUCGGGAACUCCCACCGGGGGAAAGAUUAUGUCGUUACUACCACAUUGAUGAAACCAACUCCCGGGACAUAAUUAUAAACGCAACCGAUUGUGCGAUAUCGAAGCAGGAAGGUCCAGGGGUUUAUGAGUAUGUGGGCACUGGAGUAAACAAUGGUCAAUGUGGACUCAAAAUGGUUGCUGCUAACGAAGAGCAAAUUGGAGAUUGGGUGUGUUCCUUCAUCGCGGCUGGGACAAUAUGGCGAGCAGACAUUGAAGUUUUCCAAUACGAAAAGCCAGACCCACCAAUAAUAAUUGUGGACGGUUUCAAAAACGAAAUAAAUGUUACCGAUUGGCAAGAUGAGUCAAUUACUCAAAACGAUACAACCAUUGUAUGUUGCUCUUCUGGUGGUAAGCCCAUUGCGGAGACGAAACUUGCUUUCUACUUGGAUGAGAAACCAAUUUCGGAUUUUGUCCUCAAGAAAAACGACUCUAGUUCAACAUGUAUCCAAUGGACCGAAACUUUCACUAAAGAGUUUAACGAUCAAAUAUUCGUUUGCCGUGUUUCCCAUCCAGGAUUUAAAGAUGUUGAGCAAGGCAGCGAAGAAGUGCAGCACUCGCUAACUGUGAAUGUGGAAUAUUCUCCCGAAAUUGUGUAUUCCAACAACGAUGGGACCUUUAUCACAAUGCUGGUUUACGGUGACAACAAUCAAGUUGAUGUUCACUUUUCAGUCAAAGGCAAUCCUAUCCCAAGCGUCGACAUGAAGAAAAAUGUUACCAAUUCUGACGAUUACAAGUUGGAAGAUGUUCACAUCAGGAAUGUCACGGUUCACUCUGAGAGGAAUAGUAACGAGUUUAUAGUAACGAUUGAUGCCCCAAAUGAGAUGGAAGGUGACCUAAUGCUUCAAAUAACGGUAGAGAAUAUUUUGGGGAAAGACGUGGGUGUGGAAAUUGUGACACCGCCACAACCGAGUGGGGAUGACAACGGUUCCACUACUUGGAUUUUAAUUGCGAUUGGGAUUGUUAUGACUGUCAUUUUCAUUGCAAUAAUAAUCUGUGUAAUUAACAAUGAAGCGAAAAAUCGAGGGUGGUGUGGAUAUGAAGCAAGAAAAGAAAAAUACAAGAUCAAGAAAGUUGCAAAUUCCACGCCUACUAGGGACAGCCAAGAAUAUUCUGUUGUUGCAAAUUUGGAAGAAUCGCGAUUUUAAUUGUAAUUUUGUGUCGUAACUAUUUCUUAAAUAUUAAAUAACAUUUUAAGGCGGCAAUUGAAAUUAUUAACCAGACCUUCGAUUAUGCGUUUUUUGGAUAUCUAACAUGAUUUGCAUGUAUGUAUGUAUGAAUGUAUGUACAUAUUUACAAGUGCGUAACAUGCAUUAUGGGUAGAAAGUAUUAAUUUGCUCACGAACAGUAAACAAUAUGCAAUAGUGAAGCAAAUUGUAAUUUCGAGUCAGUUCCUUAUCUUAAGAUAA